AUGACUUCAAACGCGGCUAAAUGGUUCCCACCAGCGCCCACAACGCCCAAACCAACGCUCAAGGUCUACAAUUCGUUGACGCGUCAAAAGGAAGAAUUCAUCCCUGCAGCCGGAAAUCUCGUCAAAUGGUACAACUGCGGUCCGACUGUCUACGAUGCCUCGCACAUGGGCCACGCCCGCAACUAUGUGACCCAGGAUAUUCUGCGACGCAUUAUGGAGGACUAUUUUGGCUACGAUGUCCACCUAGUCAUGAAUAUCACCGACAUCGACGACAAGAUCAUCCUCCGAGCCCGACAUCAGUACCUGAUUGACGAUUUGAAGAAGAGAAACCCUUUGCUCAAUCAGGAGCUCAUCGACAUGACUCAAGACUCGUGGGAGAAAUAUCUCAAAGGAAAGGUCCUGAAGAGUAUCCCCUCAGCCGAGCUUGAAGCGCAAUCCAGUCAUCUCGCUGCUCAGUGGCAGUACGUCCAAGCUCGUGUGCUUGAUCCGAGCUGGCUACAGGAAGCACUUCAGAGGGACGAAAAGUUUUCAAUGCACAUUACUACCCUGGAAACCUCAUUCUCUGCCCUCGAGGUAGCCAGGAUGCAGAUGAAUGCAGGAUCCUCGUCGGAGACGGCAGCUGCGACCCUGAUAGACAAGUCGAAAGAUACCCUGGCUCUCGUGCUAGACGAAGAGCUCAAGCAUACUGUGUCUGAUCCGGCUAUAUUCCGAUCAACGGCAGCAUUUUGGGAAGACUCGUUCAUGGCUGAUAUGGCCCGUCUUCGAGUCAAGCCUCCAACCACAUUGACCAGAGUCACAGAAUAUGUCCCUGAGAUUGUCACCUUUAUCGAGAAGAUUAUCGCAAAUGGCUUUGCGUACAGUGGCGAGGAUGGCAACGUUUGGUUUGAUAAAGCCGCGUUUGACGGCGCGCCAACUCAGGAAUGGAAGCAUGAAUACGCCAAACUUGCGCCAUGGAGCCGCGGAAACAAGGCACUACUCGCUGAAGGAGAAGGUGCCCUGACAUCGUAUUCGAGCAAGAGAUCACCCGAAGAUUUUGCUCUCUGGAAAGCAUCAAAAGCAGGAGAGCCAGCUUGGCCGUCACCAUGGGGCCAAGGACGACCUGGGUGGCAUAUCGAGUGCUCCGUCAUGGCUACUGAUAUUCUUGGAGAGUCCAUGGAUAUUCAUUCGGGGGGCAUAGACCUCUUGUUCCCGCACCAUGAUAAUGAACUCGCCCAAUCAGAGGCGUAUCAUAACAACGUUCAGUGGGUCAACUACUUCUUACACACUGGUCAUCUUCACAUCGCUGGUUUGAAGAUGAGCAAAUCACUCAAAAACUUUAUCACCAUCGAGGAAAUGCUGGAGACAUGGACACCACGUCAAGUUCGUCUGUCCUUCCUCUUGCAGCUAUGGAACAGCAGGCUCGAUUGGAACGAAAGUCUCCAGACAGAGGUCAAAGCACGAGAAACAGCACUUGAUAAUUUCUUCGUGCAAACAAAAGCAUUGGUGUCAGAGUGGGAUGCUGCGCCGACCCCUCAGAACGGUACAUGGAAGUACGGCAAAGAUGAGAAGGAUCUGGCCGCAGAGUUGUACCGUGCGCAGCAUACCUUCCGCACGGCGCUCUGCGAUUCCUUCAACACACCUCAAGCUGUACAGGCUUUGAACGAUCUCGUCUCCUAUACCAAUGUUUACCUCAAACGUGGGCGAAGUGCUACGAAUAUUUCGUCCAUUCGACAGGUCGCUGGGUGGAUCACAAAGAUGCUACGCAUGUUUGGUCUCGGUGAAGGGUCGCCACAGGAGAUUGGAUGGGGUGCUUCAACCUCCGCUUCUGGUGGAGAGGAUGUCAGCGCAGAUAAAGAGACAGUACUCAUGCCCUAUCUGCGAGCAUUGUCAACAUUCCGGGACGAAGUUCGCAAAAAGGCAAUGGCAAAGGAUCCGCACUCAGAGUUCUUAGAGCUAACGGACCGUCUACGAGAUGAGGACCUUGUUCCUCUCGGAGUUGCCCUUGACGAUCAAGAAGAUGGCAAAGCACUCGUCAAGCUCAUGCCACCCUCUGUCCUCAUCAAAGCAAGAGACGACAAGAAGGCACUCCUCGCGGCUAAAGCAGCUCAAAAGGCGGCUCAAAAGGCAGCCGCCGCUCAGCAACAAUUGGCCAAACUGGAGAAGGGGAAGUUGAGUCCAGAGGAAAUGUUCAAGCCACCGAAUGUCCCAGAAGGAACGUAUAGUGAAUGGGAUGCAAAGGGGAUUCCGGUGCUUGACGGAAAGGGUGAGGAGCUGAGCAAGGGACAGAGCAAAAAGCUCGCAAAGGCUUGGGAGGAACAAGCGAAGCGACAUGAUGCAUGGCUAGCGCAUCUUUCUCAACGGGAGGGUCAAUCGAAAGAGUAG